AGGACUUGGCUUUAUAUGGAAAGAGAGAGAGAGAGCGAGACCCACAGAUACACACUCCGUGUGAGGACACAAAGUGAAGGGCGUCUGCAAGCCAGGAAGAGGGGCCGCCCCAGAACACUCUGCUGGCAUCCUGGUCUCAGCGUUCCAGCCUCUACAACGGAGCUGGAGGAAUUUCAGAAGGACCUUCCCCAGUACCUGCGGAACCUGUCCAGCGAUGACGCGGACGUCCUGGUGUGGCACGCUCUCCUUCUGCCUGAGAAGCCGCCCUACAACCUCCGGGCCUUCAACCUGCGCAUCAACUUCCCUGAGGAAUAUCCAAUGAGACCCCCCACGGUGACGUUCACAACCAAGAUCUACCACCCCAACGUGGAUGUUGAUGGCCAGGUGUGCCUGCCCAUCAUCAGCAAUGAGAACUGGAAGCCUUCUACCAAGACCUACCAAGUCUUGGAGGCCCUCAGCGUGCUGGUGAAUAAUCCGGACCUGGGGGAGCCCGUGCGCCUGGAGCUUGCUGACCUGCUAACACUGGACUCGGAGAAGUUCCACAGGAUUGCCGAAGAAUUCACCCUCCAGUUUGGAGAGCCCCGGCCCUCCUAGCUCCGGUCCUGGCCCUCUGCACUGGGUCCUGUUCGUGUGAUGGCAGACACACAACAUGGACUGGGGCCAGAGCCCCUUGGUGGCUCAUGUCCUGCUCAGUUUUUCUGUGUUUUUUCCUUUCUUAGGUUGUUAGCCGUUAGUUGUGUGUGUGGAACCUAGCCCCAGUUCCAGGUUCACCUGGCCACAGGUGUGCUUUCCUACUUCCUUUCUGUGCCCCAGAGCCAGGCAGUUUAGGUUUGCAGAGUCACAGGCCAGCUGCUACUAGUGGCUCCAUCUUAAAGAUCACCUUCCAGGCCAGCUGGCAGGAAAUGAGCCCGGCAGGCCACCAGAAAACCUCAGGGACCCAGGCAUCUGGGGGAGUGGAGGCGGGAGGCGGGGCACAUCGAAGGGAGUCCCUUGCAAUUGGGUGAUUUGUUGAUUAUAUUAUCAGCCAGGCUGUGCAGAUUUAAGUGCUAAACCGUUUCUUUUCCACUGAUGAAACACUAAGUGAAGAAUCCGAUCUCCGUCCCAGAAAUCUGACUACACUGUUUCCAAACCACUUGCAAUCCCAUUAGGUUGGGGCCAGGCUUCAAGCUGGGAGGAGCGGCCCCUUCAGCUUCCAGUCAAGGGGGAGCCACGGAAACCAUGUGUUUUUCCAGCCAUUAAAGUCUCAGAUGACGUGUGGA